AGCCACUACAAGGUGGGCCAGCACGCCGACACCCAGAUCAAGCUCUCCAUUCGGCGCCUGCUCGCCACCGGCGUCCUCAAGCAGGCCAAAGGGGUCGGCGCCUCCGGCUCUUUCCGCCUGGGCAAGGCUGACAAGGCGAAGAAGUCCUCGGCCAUGAAGAGGAAGAAGGCGGCCAGGAAAUCCAUGUCGCCCCGGAAAGCAGCUAGACCUAAGAAAGCCAAGUCACCAGCAAAGAAGCCCAAAUCUGCUGCCGGGAAAGCCAGGAAGAAGGCAAGGGCCAGGCCGAAGAAAGCCAAGAAGCCAAAGACUGUUAAGGCCAAGUCACUGAAGGCGUCCAAGCCCAAGGCAGCAAAGCGGUCGAAACCCAAAGCCAAGUCCCGCGCCCGGAAAUCACCCCAGAAGAACUGA